AAAAUAUCAAAACUUUUAAAAAAUGUCUGUUUUUAUCAAAAAAUCUUUAUUUUCUAAUAAACUAAUACGACGAUGUCUUUCAAUUUCUCAAUAUCUUUCUACCCAAGUGAAUGCCGAAGAGAAAGUGACACAUUUUGCUCAACAUUUUGGCUUUGAGCCAAUCAACGAAAGUGAAAAACAAGAAAAAGUUUUCAAAGUUUUCGAAGAUGUAGCCCAAGACUACGACAAAAUGAAUGAUACCUUAUCGUUGGGCGUUCACAGAUUAUGGAAAGACUAUUUUAUGUGGAAAUUGGACCCGGUUCAUAAUACGAAACUAUUAGAUGUAGCAGGAGGCACAGGUGAUAUCGCUUUUAGAUUUGUAAACUAUGUUAAUAAAACUAAUAUGAAAGACUGUCAUGUAACUGUGUCUGAUAUAAAUCCUCAUAUGUUGGAAGUAGGGAAACAGAGGUGUAAAUCGUUAAAUUAUAGUCCUGAUAUGAUAAGUUGGAAAGAAGCCAAUGCAGAAGAACUUCCCUUUGAAGACAACACAUUCAACGCCUACUCUAUUGCUUUUGGUAUUAGAAACGUGACACACAUUGAUAAAGCUCUAAGCGAAGCCUAUCGAGUGUUAAAACCUGGAGGUCGAUUUAUGUGUUUGGAAUUCAGCCAACUGGAAAAUUCUGCUGCUCAAUGGUUGUAUGAUCAAUACAGCUUUCAAUUAAUCCCAGUGUUGGGGCAUUUAAUUGCUGGCAAAUGGAAUGCUUAUCAGUAUUUAGUGGAGAGUAUAAGGCAAUUUCCUGAUCAAGAAACUUUCAAAAACAUGAUUGAAGAAGCUGGUUUUCGUGUGGUCGACUACGAAAACUUAACCAUGGGUAUGGUGGCAAUACAUUCAGGCUUCAAAUUGUAAAUAUUUAUUGUUGUUGUAGUUUGUAAUAUGGCGAAAAAAAAAAUAAUAAUAAUAAUAAAUAAUUUCUAUAAUCGAAUUAUUAGUUGCAAUUAUCCAAUAUAAAAUUAAAUAUAUUUUAAUGAUACAAUGAGCAAAUAAAAAUUGAAACCUAUAAUAUAAAAUAACCAAAAGCUUUAGAUCUAAAUAAACAAUUAUUUAUACUUAACAUUAAUAAAAACAUUUGUUUUGAAUAAUUUAAUUCUUUUUAUACUCUAUUCUUUCGACUUUGACGUCAUCUCCAACAAGUUGGUAUACAUACGUAACCACGGUGGUAUUUUGGAUAUCCAUUAAAACAA